CCCAGGCUGGCGUGUAGUGGCACAAUCACAGCUCACCACAGCCUCAACCUCCUGGGCUCAGGUGAUCCUCCCACCUCAGCCUCUCAAGAAGGUUGGACUACAGCAUGGUGGCUCACGCCUAUAAUCUCAGCACUUUGGGAGGCUGAGGCAGGUGGAUCA